AGAACCUUAAACCCUUGGAAACCAGAAGAAACCUGUGUGUGUGUUGUGUUGUGUCUGUAUCUUUGAUUCAUCUAUGAUCAGUGUAAAUCUCCAAUGUUCCUGAAUCAAGCUACACGAUCAAGAUGAUGCCACUCAAACGCUUCCACGCAGUUCGCACACUCUAUCGUUCAUCUCAGAUUGGACAAGACUCUUCAUCCUAUCUGCUUGGUAGCUGUAGAAGCUAUUCCACUGCUCUAUCAAACGGCAAUCUCUUUCAAAAUAGAUUCCACUCUCAUUUGUUUAAGGGUCAUGAUGGAUUUCCAUUGGCUGGUGGAAAAACCUUGACACUUCGAUCUACAAUGGGUGCUGAGUUGUCCAUUUUCAUGAACGAUAAGAGGAUGUUAUCUACUCAACUCAAAGGCUCUUCACUAUCACGGGCAGUAGGAACUCAAAUAUCCGUAUCAAGUCCUGGAUUUAUCUAUGAACCUUAUGAACCUCGUGAGAAAAUCCCAUUUUGGCAGAGAUGGUUCACUAGAAGUGGUUGGAAAAGAACCAAACAAGAUGUAAUUCUGGAGCUCAAAAGUGCCUAUGCCAUUCAAAAGUUAAGAAAGUCAGGAUAUUCAAAAUCUCGGUUCUACAAUGAGGCUUUCAAAAUGUACAAGGAGAUAAACGCACUAAUUGCUAAUGGUGACAAGAAAUCAUUAAGGAAAGCCGUUACUGAGAAGAUGUAUUCUGCACUUAAGAAUGAAAUUAAACAAAGGGAAACUACAUGGAACAAGGUUUAUUGGGAACUAAUUGAGCCUGUUAUUAGGAUACGGACAUUGCGUGCUCGUCUGAUUGGAGUUGACCCAAAAGACCUAAAUAAAGUAUUUGUUCAGCUUACUCUUGAGAUCACGGCUAAACAGAAAUUUGAAGCAUAUGACUCAAAAGGUUCUGUUGUAGCUGGAGAUAAACACAAGGAGGUUCUUGUCCGUGACAUAUGGGUAUUUGAGAAGUCUAUGUUUCACCCUGGAGCAUAUUGGCGUCUUUGUGGACGGUUAUCUCCAAAAGCAUCAUAGCUGCAUCAUUUUUUUGGUCGAUCAUAGGCCAUAGCUAUCUCCUCGAGCGAAAAGACCACAUUUAUGGUAGUUUAAGAUGUUCAUAUGUUGUAACUUUUGAGCUGAAUUCUUGUAGUGAUUUGCCACAUAAAUCUGUUUCUUGGUCGAGAAGGUCAUAUUAGGGGAGUUUUGUCCUGAAAAUAAAACCAAAUAUAGGUAUAAACCUAUCCGAAUUUUGCUCCUUGAAUGAAGUCCAUUUGGAGUUUUUUUUUUCAA